GGCGCCGAGCACGUGAGAUCUGAUGCCGCGGCCGCCAGCUUUGUUUACGCGAUCAGAAAAUAAGACCGGCUGACGAGAGGUGCAGUGCAAGCAAAGAAAGGAGUACUUGCGUCUAGUUUGCCCAGCAAAGGUCAUCCCUGAAGAGGGCCUCCUCUCAAAAUGAAUUUUCUGCUGCUGGCGAUGUGCGCAUGCGUGAUUGCUUCGACGCCGCCGCAGCCGUCCACGCUUCCGUGCAUCGUGGACGACUCUCUUGACGCAAACGCCGACCUAGCGCGCAUCCGCAGGGCCGACCUGAUCUUCACCGCCAAGGUGGUGGGGUUUGACGCGAGCGGCGACGAAGCGCAGCUGCGCGUCAAACGCGUGUACAAGUCGGAGGGACGGCCGGGGGUGCACACGUUGGCCACCCUGCGCGUGACCGGCUUCCUGUGGCGGCCGCCGACGCCCAAGAAGGCGCACGAAAAGACGCCGCCCCACAAGGCGGACAACGUCGCCCGCAGACACGUCCGACCCCGCAGAGGCAACGGCACGCCCAGGCCGUGUGCCCUCGUCCGCCCUGGCGACACCAAACUGUUCGUCGUAGGGGUGGAUGCCAAGAAUGACACCCUCUUUCUGGUCGCCAGACCUCUGGCCGUCACCGUCGACGCCCUCAAGUCCACCCAAACAGCCCUGCAGUUGAAAGAUUUGCAAGCGAGGCCGCGAGCGUACCUGAAACAGGGUGAAGUGUGUGCCGAUUCCUUCUGCUCUUUCGGCGCCACGUGCGUGCUUGGCAAAAACGGGCAGCGACGAUGCCGCUGUCCCGAGAGGUGUCCCACAAUUGGUCAGGAGCCGGUUUGCGGUUCGGACGGCCGCUCGUACGCCAGCGAGUGCCAGCUCCGGAUGGCCGCCUGUCAGCGCCAAGAAAACGUCAAAAUCGUGCAAAAACGAGAAUGCGAUUUUUCUGAUCCGUGUCGGCAUCAAAAGUGUCCGCCGGGAGCAAAAUGCGUGCCGGCGCUUGACGGACUCUCUGCAAAGUGCGAGUGUCCGACCGAGUGUCCCCUUUCGUACGGCGACGGCAGCUCAAGCUUUGUUUGCGGCUCGGACGGAAUCAAUUAUGCAAAUUUGUGUGAGUUGAGGAGAAGUGCCUGCACGAAAAAUGAGGACAUCGGAGUCAAGUUUUACGGAAAAUGCGAUCCGUGCACUCAUCACGUGUGCGAAUCUCCAUCGGAGUGCCACUUAGAUGAGGAGCGGAAUCCGGUGUGCAAGUGCAGUGAACUUUGCCCUCUGGAGCUCUCACCAAUCUGCGCCUCAGACGGCAAAACCUACAUCAAUGAGUGUUCCCUCCGCCAACAUGCGUGCCGCUUUAAACAAGACUUAAGGAUCAUCUAUCGAGGAGAAUGCUCAAGCGGCGUCAACCCUUGCUCAGGGGUGAGGUGCGGCCCCGGCCAGGAGUGUUCAGUCAAUGGCUUAGGAGUGGCAGAGUGUCUUUGUCCCCCGGAGUGCGAGGCCCUGAUGAGGCCUGUUUGCGGCGACGACGCUAAAACCUACGAUUCCAAGUGUCAUUUGGAGAGGGAGUCGUGCCUAGGCAAACGAAGAGUGGCCAUUUCUCAUGAAGGAAUUUGUGGUUCUGAAGGUCCUUGCAACCACCACCAAUGUCCCUUCGGAGGUCAGUGCGUGGACAAAGGUGAUGGAGUGCCGCACUGCAGGUGUCCAACGUGUCCGUCGGUAUUUGCGCCAGUUUGCGGUUCGGACGGAUUUUCCUAUGACAAUGAAUGCAAACUUCGGCAGGAGGGUUGUGUCAGGAAAGCGCAGAUUACCAUCCUUUACGACGGACUUUGUGACGGAUGCAAAAGCCUGCAGUGCGAUUUUUACAGCGUGUGCGAAAGUGACAGAUCUGGAAAUGCACAAUGCGUGUGUCCUGAAAAAGCAUGUCCGUCUAACAAUAAGGGUGCGAUAUGCGGAAAUGAUGGAGUGACUUAUGGAUCAGAGUGUGAGAUGCGCAAGCAUUCUUGCAAGGAGAGGAAAUUGAUAUCAGUUUCUCACAUCGGAGAGUGCGACGUUUGUGACAACAUUAAGUGCAAAUAUGGCUCUGUGUGCAAAAAUGGCAAGUGCGAGUGUCCGGAAGAGUGUCAGUCCAGCAGUCCCGAGCCUGUGUGCGCUUCGGACGGUCUCACCUACGGCAGUGAAUGCGAAAUGAUCAGGGCAGGCUGUGCUGGCUCGCAAGACCUGAAGAUUGAAUUUUUCGGAGAGUGUGAAGAGAAAUAUGGUUCAACUUUGAAACCCUGCAAUGGCGCUCUGCCUUUGAUUGACCCCAAAAGUGGACUCGAGUACCACUGUGGUAAUGGUUCUGGCAAAAAUGAAUGUCCUGCCGGCAGCUACUGCCACCAAACUCCAACUUUUGCCACAUGCUGUAGAAAAAGUUUAAUUCGCCUGAAGAAAACCUGCCAAGAUUCUUGGUUCGGAUGUUGUCCUGACGGUGAAACUGCCUCUCAGGGUUUUGACAACAGCGGCUGCCCUGGCACUUGUGAUUGCAAUAAACUGGGCUCCUUCUCGCACAAGUGUGAUGAGAAAACUGGCCUGUGCGAUUGCCGGCCUGGCGUCACAGGGGAAAAGUGUGACAGGUGCAAACCCGGCUUUUGGGGCUUAUUAAAAUUGUCCGAAGGCUUCUCAGGAUGCAUUCCUUGCCAGUGCUCAGCUUUGGGCUCAGUUAGGGACGACUGUGAGCAAAUGACGGGGCAAUGCGUCUGCAAACCUGGGGUCCAAGGUCAAAGGUGCACUGAUUGCCCUCGGGGGAAGAUCCUUGGCCCAAAAGGAUGCAUCAAAUUAAAAAAGACAAAGAGGAGACCAAGUAGUUGUAGCCAGACUGUUUGCUAUUUCGGAGCUAUUUGUGAAAAUAAAAGUGGAGAACCUGAGUGCAAGUGCAAAAUGUCUUGCUCGGAAAAAGAACCUACACCAUCUCAGACUGUCUGCGGAAGUGAUGGGCGAAGCUAUGCCACCGAAUGUCACCUGAAGCAAUUUUCCUGCAGAAACCAAACAGAAGUCCAAGUCCAAAGUACUGGUCCCUGCAAAGAUUCAACUGAAGUGAAGAAAUGGGUGAACAACCCCCCUGUUAUCAAAUCAAUCCGACAUUUGCCCUCUCAGGAGCACUUCGAGGGCACACCCGUCUGGUGGAGACGUGCAGCUCAAGAAAGAGUGACACCCUCGACCAUUUCCGCCCGUUCGCUUCUCGGAGACGCGUGCGACAAGGAUUCGGACUGUUCGGUUUCUCACACUAGAUGCUUUAAGGGCACAUGUGUCUGCAGGGAUGGACUGGUUGAAGCUCCUGAUCAUCAAGGGUGUCUCGCAAAUAAUUUUAAAAGAAGGAAAGGUUGUGCAUCCCAGCCCUGUUUGAACGGAGGAAGCUGUGUAGACCUCGAUGAAGGGGUUUUCGAGUGUGUUUGUGUUGCUGACUGGAUUGGAAUCCACUGCCAAGAACAAGCUGCUACAAAAGACUAUGAAGUUCCCUCAUUUGACGGCCACUCAUUUGUGCAGAUGAAAAGACUGAAGGCCUACAACAAAAUUAGCAUUGAAUUGGAAUUCAAAACCUACUCGGAAAAUGCAAUUUUGCUCUACAAUCAGCAAAAGUCUGACGGAACCGGCGACUUCAUUUCUUUAGCUGUUGUCAAUGGUUUUGUGGAGUUUCGAUACAAUCUAGGAAGCGGACCGGUAGUCAUAACCUCUCAUGAAAAAGUCCAGUUGCGAAAGUUCCAUCAUGUGGUUGCUCGAAGGUAUCAAAAGGAUGGGGUUUUAAAGGUGGACAACUUUGGUGAUGUUGCUGGACAAUCCCUUGGAACGUUGAAGUCUCUUGACCUCUUGGAGGACGCUUUUGUGGGCUCCAUUCCAACAGAGGAAAAUAAGGUCUUUGAAAAUAUUGGGACUCGGCAAGGUCUGAUGGGGUGCAUCAGGUUGUUGAAAAUUGGCCGCAAGGUGGUCGAGCUGCACGAAGGGCGCGACCCUCUGGUGGAAAAGACGCAGGGCGUCCGAGAGUGCAGCAACGACCACCCCUGCUCCACCCUGCCUUGUCUGAACGGCGGCACCUGUUUCUCCUCAGAUAACGCCACCAGCUUCAAGUGCGCCUGUUUGCCAGGUUUCACAGGAGAUACCUGCGAACUGAAUGCCAACCCUUGCUCUUCAAACCCUUGCGCUCAGGGUGCCACUUGCUUGGAGCUGACCAAUGGAUUUGUGUGCCAAUGUCCUCCUGGAAGAAAAGGACAAAGUUGCUCUGAAGUUGUGAACACCAGGGAAGUGGAAGUUUUCACUCCGAAUUUUGAAGGACACUCGUUCUUGGCGCUCCCCAAACUUGAAAGAGCGUCUCGCGCCUUUUCCUUGGAAGUUUGGUUCCUGGCGAGAGCUCCUUCCGGCCUCCUCUUGUACAAUGGCCAAUUGGUGAAUGGCCGGGGCGAUUUUGUGUCGCUCAAUUUGGUCGAUGGCUACGUCCAAUUCAAGUUUGAUCUCGGCAGUGGACCAGCAAACAUUACAACUGAGGAACCAGUGACCCUGAACAAGUGGCACAAAGUUUUGGUGACCAGAAUAGACAAGGAAGGUACCCUUCAGGUUGACGAUGAGGCUCCAAUUAAGGGAUUCUCAUUGCCUCCUCGAAAUGAACUUAAUUUGGAGCUACCCCUUUACAUAGGAGGUGUUCCCACUUUUAAAGAGGUGCACAGGGACUCCGGAAUUACAAUUGGUUUGGAUGGAGCAAUUCAGAGGGUUGUCCUGAACGGCGUGCUCACUGAAGAUUUUGUCAAGCAAGCAACUUCCAAGAGGGGAGUCUCACAUUACCAGGGUCCACCCUGCGAAGGUUCACCGUGCAAAAACGGAGGCGCCUGUCAACCCAUGCUCGAGCACUAUGUCUGCAAAUGUGCUGCUGAUUUCAUUGGUCGGCACUGCGAAAGCAAAAUUGGAGAGACGGGUCUGCAAAAGCCGGUGAAAUUUUUGGGAGAGACCUUUUUGCACUUUCCCAAUAAAGUGCACAAAAUGCGCAAAGUGGAAAAAACGAAUAGAUACGAGUUGAAGUUGCGGACAACGGAGGAAGACGGUCUGCUUUUGUGGAUCAGCAAAGGCAACUCUUUAGCAAAUGACUAUUUGGCCAUUGCCAUUGUCCACGGCUAUCCGGAGCUGAGUUUCAACUUGGGACGGCAGAGAAACAUCCUCACUGUUAAAUCAAAGGUUUACGUAUCGGACGGAGAGUGGCACAAAAUUUUAGUGCACAGGAGGAAACGCCUGGCGCAUAUCACUGUCGAUGAAACCUCCCCUGCUAAAGGGGUUGCCGACCAGGGUUCCAUCUUACUAAACAGCACAGGACGAAUUUGGAUAGGGGGAGCGCCGACUCUUCCUCCAGGUUUGUCAGCCCCAUAUUAUUUGGGCUUUAGAGGGUGCGUAGCAAGUGUGUUUGUGGAAAAGAGGCCUCUUGACUUAGCUCGUCAGGCGGCAGGAAACGAACUUUUGCAAUACUGUGAUGUUGACUGAUGUGCGACAGAUUGGAAGAUAUUAUGUGCCAUUUUUAUAAUAUAUAUAAAAAAAAACUGUCGAUCGACUGAUUUUGUGUGAGUGUUGCGAACAAAAAUCUGAUCAAUUAAGUGUGCGAGAAUUUUUAAUUUAUAAAUUAUUUUUAGUUUAUAGAAAGUUUCACCUAAUUUAAAAAUAAAAAAAUGUGCAUA